AUGGCUAUUGUUUGCGUUAUGUUGAUUAGGAGGGGAAGUGCGAUGGAGCGCUUUAUGGGCAUUGUUCAUGUUCGUGAUACUACUGCUUUGUCGCUAAGGAAUGAAAUUCAAUCACAAAAUGAGCUUAGUGCAGCCUUUCAAAAGAAGGAGCAAGAUAUUGUAAAUGCUAUGUUACUUGUUGGAGUGGCAAAGGAUCAAUUGCAAGAACUGCGAAAGAAAGGUUGGGAUUCACUUAUUAAUGAGGUAUCUAAAUUCUGUAUGAAAUAUGAUAUUUCAAUACCUGAAUUUGACGAGCUCUAUGUUAUCCCUGGAAGAUCACGUCGUAGGGUUGCUGAGUAUACUGUUUCACAUCACUACGCGUGUAAGGUAUUUUAUAGAAUUAUUGAUUGGCAAUUUCAAGAACUCAAUAGUCGCUUUGAUGAGGUGACAACGGAUUUGCUUCUUGGAGUUGCUUGCUUGAACCCAGCUGACUCUUUUUCCAAUUUUGACAUUGAAAAGAUAUUGAGAUUAGCUGAGUUAUAUCCUGAUGAUUUUGAUAAAUAUUCUAUGGUCGACCUUCGAUUUCAGCUUCAGAAUUACAUUGUUGAUGUCCGAGAUCAUGAUAAAAGUUGUACUGCUACAGUUGAGAAGAGCUUUUUCGGCAAUGAAGUUGAUUAA